GGCGGCUGAGCGCCUGGCCACCGAGCCCGGCGGGGAGAGAGGCAGGAACGCAGAGCCGAGCCGAGGAAAGGCGGGGGGGGGGCGCUGUCCCGUCGUGCCCCGGCGGCCAUGAGGAGGAGGCGAACGGCGGCCCCGCGCUCUGCCCCGGGCGGGCGGCGGCGGCGGUGCUGAACGGCGGGGACGGCGCUGCGGGGCUCGGCGUCCAGCCGCGGGGGGAUGCUUGUCUUUGCUUCCAUGUUGGAGCUGAGCUGGGGGAGUUUGAUAGCCCUCAGGAGCUGCUGCCUUUCCUCAGAGCUUGAGCUAGACCCCAAGCAAAGCAAUGAGGAGAUUUGUCUACUGCAAGGUGGUUCUGGCCACUUCUCUCAUGUGGGUGCUGGUGGAUGUCUUUUUGCUUCUCUACUUCAGUGAGUGCAAUAAAUGUGAUGACAAGAAGGAGAGGUCUCUGCUGCCUGCUCUGAGGGCUGUUAUUUCUCGUAACCAAGAUGGGCCUGGAGAGAUGGGCAAGGCUGUGCUCAUUCCAAAGGAUGAGCAGGAGAAGAUGAAGGAGCUGUUCAAGAUCAACCAGUUUAACCUGAUGGCCAGUGACCUGAUUGCCCUGAACAGAAGCUUGCCCGACGUGAGGUUGGAUGGGUGCAAGACCAAAGUGUACCCUGAUGAGCUGCCCAACACCAGCGUGGUCAUCGUGUUCCACAACGAGGCCUGGAGCACCCUGCUGCGCACCGUCUACAGCGUCAUCAACCGCUCCCCGCACCGCCUGCUCUCCGAAAUCAUCCUGGUGGAUGAUGCCAGCGAGAGAGAGUUUUUGAAGGCCUCCUUAGAGAGCUAUGUGAAGAACCUGGAGGUGUCCAUCAAGAUCAUCCGGAUGGAGCAGCGGUCGGGGCUGAUCCGGGCGCGGCUGCGGGGGGCCGCCGCCUCCCGGGGCCAGGUGAUCACCUUCCUGGAUGCCCACUGCGAGUGCACCCUGGGCUGGCUGGAGCCGCUGCUGGCCCGCAUCAAGGAGGACAGGAAAACUGUUGUCUGCCCCAUCAUUGAUGUGAUCAGUGAUGACACCUUCGAGUACAUGGCUGGCUCUGAUAUGACUUACGGAGGCUUCAACUGGAAACUCAACUUCCGCUGGUACCCUGUUCCCCAGAGAGAGAUGGACAGGAGGAAAGGAGACAGGACCUUGCCUGUCAGGACCCCAACUAUGGCUGGUGGCCUAUUUUCUAUUGACAGAAACUACUUUGAAGAGAUAGGAACUUACGAUGCAGGAAUGGAUAUCUGGGGUGGAGAGAAUCUUGAGAUGUCUUUUAGGAUCUGGCAGUGUGGUGGCUCCCUGGAGAUCGUCACCUGCUCCCACGUGGGGCACGUGUUCCGCAAGGCGACGCCGUACACCUUCCCGGGGGGCACGGGCCACGUCAUCAACAAGAACAACAGGAGGCUGGCAGAGGUCUGGAUGGAUGAGUUUAAGGACUUCUUCUAUAUAAUAUCCCCAGGUGUGGUGAAGGUGGACUAUGGUGAUGUGUCUGUCAGAAAGGCACUGAGAGAGAACCUGAAGUGCAAACCCUUCUCCUGGUACUUGGAAAACAUCUACCCAGACUCCCAGAUCCCGCGGCGCUACUACUCCCUCGGUGAGAUCAGGAACGUGGAGACCAACCAGUGCCUGGACAACAUGGGCCGCAAGGAGAACGAGAAAGUGGGCAUCUUCAACUGCCAUGGCAUGGGAGGCAACCAGGUGUUCUCCUACACCGCUGACAAGGAGAUCCGCACCGAUGACCUCUGCCUGGACGUCUCGCGGCUCAACGGCCCGGUGGUCAUGCUGAAGUGCCACCACAUGAGGGGCAACCAGCUCUGGGAGUAUGAUGCUGAGAAGCUCACCCUGAGGCAUGUCAACAGCAACCAGUGCCUGGAUGAGCCCUCAGAGGAGGACAAGAUGGUGCCCAGCAUGCGGGAGUGCGCCGAGAGCCGCUCCCAGCAGUGGCUGCUGCGCAACAUGACCCUGGGCGCCUGAGCCUGCUGCAGGCCUGCUCUGCCUUGGCUGGAAUCUGCUCCUCCUCCUCCUGCUCAUCCCCUCCUCCUUCCUGAGGCCAGUGGUGCUGAAAGCCCUCUCCAAACCCCAGCUGUGGGAGCAAGGUCGCUGGAUGGAGGUUUGCUGGGGCCGGUGGCUCUCCAACGCUCCUCUGAGCCUCUCAAGGUGUCCAAGCUCGGGGUGCUAGCAGCCCAGGUGUGCUCAGAAAUGGCUCCAGAGAAGCCUCUAUGAACCCUGCAUCCAAGAGGUGGGGAUGGAGGGCAUUUGAUGAGGGUCACCAUGGAGAAGUGACCCAAACCAACAUGCCUUAUGACCCUGGGAAGCAUCCUGGCAGGCGUCUCCUGAGCUGGCUGGGGUGCUGCUGGGCUCUCUGGGCAAGGUGGUGUGCAGAGCCUUGCUGGGUGUGCUCCUGGCACCUGGUGAAGCACCACACUGAGCAGCAAGGUCACCAGAGAGAGAGAGAGAGACAAAGCUUCAUGGGGAAGAAGAAUGGGAUCCAGUGUUUGGAAAGGCAGCAGAACUGAGCAAGGACUCAGAAACUGAGGCGAACUCAAAGGAGAAAGAGAGAUCCAGGAGCAGUGGUGAGGAGGAGG